UGGAUGCUGAGGGUCUAUAACAUCGCCUUCCAAGGUGUCCAGACACAGUUGGGGCUUUUUAAAUGGGAAUUAAAGCCACAUCGGCUCAAAACUAACAGUACUUCAACAUGGAAGGUUCGCCAUUUGUGGAAGAUACAGGGGGUGAACAUGAAAAGGAGAAAGAUGAGGCUGAAGAAAAGGAAGAAGAAAACAAAGAUGAUCCACAAACGAAAUUAACUGAGGGAAAGCAACAAAAACUGGCCACCUGGGGUCCAUGUUUUUAUAACAGAGUGGGCAAAGAGGUGUACAACUACGUCGGCCAUGAGAUAGUCAUCGAAGAGGGUCUGGACUCAUAUGCAGGCAUGAUAUGGCCCGGGGCUUUAGCUCUCUGCCACUACCUGGAUACUCAUCGGGAUCAACUGAAUCUCACUGACAAAGCUGUGCUGGAAAUCGGAGCAGGAACUGGCCUUGUGUCUGUGGUCGCGGCACUCCUCGGUAGCUGGGUCACAGCUACAGACCUUCCAGAGGUUUUGAACAACACCAGAGUAAAUCUGAGCAGGAACACCAGGGGCCGCUGCAGACACACACCUCAGGUGGCCCCUCUGACCUGGGGCUACGACCUGGAGCACACCUACCCUCCACCUGUUUACAGGUACGACUACGUGUUGGCAGCCGACGUCGUUUACCAUCACGACUUCCUGGACGAGCUCUUGGUCACUAUGAAGCAUUUCUGCAAACCCGGAACAACGCUGAUCUGGGCCAACAAGGUCAGGUUUGAGACUGAUCUGGUGUUCACUGAGAACUUUGAAAAAGCUUUUCACACAAGUUUACUGACUGAAGAAGGGGACAUGAAGAUAUUCAUGGCAACAAGUAGGGAAGGAGAUUUUGAAAUGGAUCAGAAGCUCGAAAUCAAAGAUCUGUUGGGAGAAGUGGAUGCGAAGACUGGAGAGGAAGAAAGCUGUGAUGACAAACUGUACUGUGCCUGUCAGGAGGUGGGGUCUGAUAGACUGGAAGAUAGUGGAGAACAGGAGGUAGAAGAAGAAAAAAAGCUCAAAAGUGAGGAAGAGGAAACGGUGACCUCAGAAGACAGUAAAACUGAUGAACAGAAGGAGAUUGUUGAAAGCAUUUCUGAGCAGGAGCAUCUGAACCAGACAGCCGUACGGCGGAACUGGGCUCCAAGCAUCAUAUGCCGCCCUGACAAAGACAUCUACCACUACGUAGGACAGGACAUCGUCAUAUAUGAGUCUAUUGAUUCAUUCGGAGCAAUGAUGUGGCCAGCUGCACUGGCUUUGUGCUCCUACCUUGAAAACAACAAACACACAGUGGACCUGCAGGGAAAAGAGGUGCUGGAACUAGGAGCAGGAACUGGAUUGGUAGCCAUAGUGGCCAGUUUACUGGGAGCUUCGGUCACAGCCACAGACCUUCCAGAGGUGUUAGGUAACCUCCGAGCCAACUUGAUGAGGAACACCAGGGGCCGCUGCAGACACACACCUCAGGUGGCCUCUCUGACCUGGGGCUACGAUAUGGAGCACGCCUACCCUUCACCUGUCUGCAGGUACGACUACGUGUUGGCAGCCGACGUCGUUUACCAUCACGACUUCCUGGAUGAGCUCUUGGUCACUAUGAAGCAUUUCUGCAAACCCGGAACAACACUGAUCUGGGCCAACAAGGUCAGCGCCUAA